UAUAUCUUUUUUAGACAUUUGUUAAUACAGUUUUACUUAUUUGUGGCUAAAUGUGAUAGUUAUUUUGUAAAUACCUACAUUUAUAGAGGAAUUCUAAUUUACCUCAUGGACUGUGAUAUUUGAAACAUAACCAAAAAUUUUUGUUUUGGUUGUGGGCAGUCACGUUUUUUUAUUCAAAGACUUUAGUUUAGGAAAUAAAAAGUAUGGUGAAGGCGAAAAUGGAUUCAAGUUCGGACAGUGAUAGUGACUCUCCUAAAAAACCUUUAUCCAUUAACCAAAUGCUUCUGCAAUCUGCAACACUAAAUAAUAAAAAGCAAAUUUUACAAAAAACUUUAUCAGAUAGUAAUAAUAAAGUAUUAGGUAUAUUAAAAAAUAAAGUUAAGGUAAUAAAAAAAGAACCAAUGCCUGAUGAAGACAGAAAAAGUAAACAGACUAGUGUGAAGAGUAAACGUGGAGCUGGUUCAAAAGUACAAAAAUCUUCCAGUUCAAAGAAAGGAAGGCUAGAAGAUACAAUAGAAAAACAUGUAUCAUUUAAAAUGGGAAAGAAGGAUUCCAGCAAUGAAGAAUCAUCUGAAGAUGAAGGUGUAGCUAACCAUAAGUUUAAACCACUUGCUGCUUCAACACAGAAAGAUCAAGAGACAUCUUCUGAAAGUGAAUCAGAAAAUGAAUCAAAUGUGAAGACAGCAUUAAAUAAAAUUAAGAAGGAAAAUAAUGGUGUAAGUGGAAACUCUAUUAAACAAGUAGUGGUGAAACAGGAAAUACAUAAGAAAUCCAGUUCUGAGUCAUCUGAUGAAUCUAGUUCAGAUUCAGCUGAUGAAUCUGAUGAAAAUACGACUUCUAAAGAUAUUAAAAGGGUAAAGCAAGAAGUUCAGCAAUUGAUAAAAACACAAACUUCAAGUUCAGAAUCGGAUUCUGAAGAUAGUGCACAAAAAAAUAUUGAAUCAUUGAAAAAAAAUAUUCAGCUAAUGGAACAAACUCAUAGUUCUAGUUCAGAAUCAUCUGAUUCAUCGGAUGAAGAAAAUACUCUAAAUCCAUCUAUUAAGAGAGAAAAUAUUUCAUCAAAGCACAAGAAACUAGAGUAUUCUAAAGAGACAAGCAUUAAAAAUGAGAAAAAAUCUGUAUCAAAACAAAUUAAAACUGAAGGUGUGACAAGUUCAUCAUCUGAUUCAUCCAGUGGAGAAGAAUCAGAAUCCUCAGAUUCUGCUUCAAAUAAAGUUAAUGUAGUGAAAAAGGAAGAUCAAAAAUCUAAAAAGAUACUUGUACAAAACACAAAAGCAAAGCCACAACCCCAGAAAAUGGAGGAAUCUAGUGCAGAAUCCUCUGAUUCUGAUUCUUCAAGCAGCUCCUCAAAUAAAAUGACAGAAGUAAAGAAAGAAGAACAAACUCAGAUUUCUAAUAAAAAGAUUGCAAAUAAAGAAGAGUCAAGUUCAGAAUCUUCAGAUUCUGAUUUAUCAGAUGCUACAUCAGAAAAAGGAAAAUUGUUGAAAAAGGAAGAACAAUCAAGUUCCGACUCAGAAUCUGACUCAGAAGAUGAAGUAAAUAAAUCAAAUAGUAAAGUAAACGUUUUAAAAAAAGAACACUCAAAAAUAGAAAAAUCGGACUCCUCAAUGGAUGAAAGAGAUUACAGUAACAGUAGUAAAAAUCAUUCAAAUUCAAGUAAAGCAAGUAAGAAUGAAAAAAAUAUGUUGAAAGUACAAAAUAGAAGUAAAGAAGAAGUUACCAAAAAACGUGUGUCACAAAGCACGACAGUGGAUGCAGAUGAUGAAUCUUCAAUAAAUGUUUUGCAACAUGUCGUUUAUAAAAAGAAGAAAGAUAAGCAAUCGCUCGACAAUAAAAUUUUAUAUGAGUAUCCAGAUGCCGAAAGAAUAGAAGUAGAAGAUGAACUAACUGAUCUGUCAGAAUCUGAAGAGAUAUUCCUGUUACAUGCGCCUGUGAACGCAGUUUUGACCAAGAAUCAAAAACUCGACUUCAGAGGGAAAGACUUGAAAUUUAAAAUUGGGGAUCAAAAAUUUGUUGGCAAACUCAUGGAUAAAUGUGAAUACAACUUGAUGAUCACUAACAAACCCAAAAAAGUAAACUUUGUGGGGCACUUCAAAAUUGAAAAUUACGUUAAAUCAACGAAAGAUCCUGAAGUUGUUGUACCUGAAAGAGACAACAUUCCUGUCCCAAGCAAUUUGAAAACACGACAUCCACUAUUUGGUUCAGAAUAUCUCCAGAAAAUCAACCUAGAUGAGAUUAUUGAACAAAAGCUGCAAGAGGCAAUUAAUAGUAUGUCUAAAAAAGAGAAGAAGCAAAAGAAACAUUCAAAAAAACGAAAACUACCUGAAAAGGAGGAGGAACCUUUGAUAUUUAACUUGCUUAAUGCUCAUAACUCAUCUAGCCAGAAGAAUAAAUCUACAGAUGUCAGUAAUACGCAUUUGGACAGUAUGCUAGAAAAACUAAGUCAAACAAUUGGCAAUGAAUCUAUUGAAAAAAAGAAAAAGAAAUUGAGGGUGGACAGUGAAAAUGCAGCUGUAGAUCAGGAUAAAAAGAGAAGUAAAAAAACUGAAAUGAAAGCUCCAGAUGUUGAUUUUUCCAAAAAAAAGAAGAGAAAGAGUACAGAUAAAUUAACUAUGGAUGGAACUGUAAAAACUGAAAAUGGGAAGGGCAGACAAUCAAUUAUAAAUAGUACACUCAUUCAAGAUGAACUACUUUCUCCAAAAUUUAACGCGGAGUUCAGUAGAAUCGCCAAUGAAACGCCACAAGUAGAGAAAAAACAAAAGAAAAAGAAACAUCAGAAAGAUGAACAAGAUUCUGUGUUGCCUAUUGACCUUAGUAAAAUAAAAAUUGAAAAACAUGAAGAAAAAGAAAAGAAAAAGAAGAAAAAGGAUAAAAAAAAUACAUCUGACAGUAAUAUUGAAUUUGACAUUAGUAAAGUGAAAAAAGAAGGAGACAAGGAUAAGAAGAAGAAGGAUAAAAACAAAAGUAAGGAGUCUGAGGACCAGAAUGAUAAAAAUUCUGUACAAGACAUGUCAAAAUCGAUGGUAUUAGACAUUCUAAAUAGUGUGAAAAGUGAAAUGUCUGUCAAUGAGGCAAAUAAGAAAAAAAGAAAAUAUGAUGUUAAAGAGGAACUUGAAAACAGUUCCAACAAAAAAAAGAAAAACAAGGAAAAAUAAUUAUUAAAUUAUAUGAAAAGUUGAUAGAACAUUAAUUAAUUAAUUUAAUUAUAAAAUUUUAUUGUUGUUUGCA